ACUCAACAAUGUUUUAAAUUUUACAUCUCUGCAAAAAAUUAAAAAUAAAUAAAUAAAAAAGUGAGAGAAAGGGCAGGGAUGGAAGGAGAGUAAUCCUGUUGGUAAGAUUAAAAGAUGAGAAGAUGAAGAUCGCCGGUCCUUGCUCAGGACAGAAAUGAAGGAGGAAGGAGAGAGGGGUCAGAUGUGAAGGUGAGAGAGGAGAAAAACAGAAGACCAGUGGAUUCAGUGGGAGCUGUCUGUCCUGUGUUUACUGUUCGCUCAGAUGAGAGGUGAGUCCUGUGUUUACCGUUCGCUCAGAUGAGUGGUGGGUCCUGUGUGUACCGUUCGACUUCAUGCGUUUCAUUUUACUGCUCUGCCUAAGCUCUGAGCAGCUUUACCUGGAGGUGCAGAUACAGAGACUUCUUACUGAGUAUGUAAGUACAGACUUACUCAUUGGUGCAAAUAGUGAGUAUGUAAGUGCUAUUUCACUCAUAGGUGCAGAGUACUUAAGUAUCAAUUUAGUCAUAAGUGCAGAUAGAGAGUAUUUAAGUGUGGAUUUACUCAGUUUCAGUACAAAGUAUUUAAGUGUGAAUUUACUCAUAGGUUCAGUAUAAACUAUUUAAGUAUGUAUAUCCUUUCAGAUUCAUAUGGUGUACAUGUUGUGCUUGGCUGUCUAAUGGUUGGGAUGUGAUGUGCAUUGUUAGCAUUGUUAAUAGAGUUUGUAAUUAAUUAAAUUAUCCUGCAAUUUAUUUUUUUAAUCAUUUGUGCUCAGAGAAAUUAUAAUUAAACAUGUACUCAAGACUUAUUACCAGUCUCCAUUCAUGAAGUGCUAUUAGGCCAAGAAUGGUGCAGUUAACUACAGGUUAAGAUGAAUCAACUUAGCCUGUUAAGUGAAUUCAGCAAUACAGUGAUCACUUGAUCAAUUAAGUCUGUUACUGCCAAGCACAAUAAUGUAACGUUCUAUACUGCAAUUUUGCACCAGAAACUUCUGUUACCUAUAGGAUCUCCUGCAGUUUCAGCGAAGAGAACACAUAAAGAAGAGAGGGGCUGAAUAUCUGGGGUGCAGAGAUGGGUGUGCACGUGGUGCUGGCACAGAGGGCCCUGCUGAAGUCCUGCUGUCUCCUGGCGAUCGCCCAUGCCCAGCUGCCCCCCUUCUCUCCCUCUCUCCCUGCCAAAAUCAGCGUUCCUCCCCCCUGGCGUGCUCUCCCUCUGUCACAGCCUGACCUGGGCCUCCUCUUCUCCAACUCAUCCCCAUUUUCCUGCUCCCAGUCCCUGCUUGUGGUGCCUCCUGCAGGGGCCAGCUCCAGACCAGGGGUCCAGGCUUCCUUUGGGCCUUACUUCAUCUCACAGCCCAUCCCCAGCUCCCUCCCUCUCUCUCCACCUCUAACAGCCUCCCUCUUGUCUAAAGCUGUGGAAAGAGAGAGGGGUGGGGAGAGAGGGCCAAAGUUCAGGGUUCGGGUUUUGUUUCACUGGCGCGGUGCGGCCAGCAGAGGGUGCUGUGUCACGCUUCAUGCCUUUAAGGAGACUGAGGAACAGAGAGCUUCCUGCAGUACACAGGCCCCUCUGGGGUUGUGCAUCAUUUCCCUCAGCCUACCAGAGGGCUGGUUUACAGAGGAGAGGAGACAAGGGUGGAGCCACAGACAGACCCACAAACUACACUACCGCCCCAGACACAGGCACCGAAACCGGGGCCGUCGCCACUGGGACACCCUCUCCACUCCAAGGAGCAAACCCAGCCACUCAACAGACUCCAUUAAACUCUAUUACUCCUCCAGCACAAUCUCAGCCCCCAAACUGUCGCCCUCUGGCUGCAUGGAGGACAAACUGCAGCAGUCCCAGAGAAGACUAUAUUACAUCGGAGCUGUGACUCUGCCAGACAGGGCUGUAGCGAAAAAUAUGUCUGAAGAGGAAUUGGGGUGUUCAGAUGGGCAGGAAGAGGAGGAGCUGUGCUUGGAUCCCAAUGUACUGAUUGGUUAUCGCCGGGGGCCAGUUCGAGCUGGUCGACCAAUCGGCGUAUCUGUUAGUGUGAGGUCAAAUUUCACUGGAGAUUUUGUUGUCAUCAGACUGCGUGUGAAGAAAGGGUUAAUCUCUGUGUUGGCCCAGCCAUCUUCUGCUGCAUCUGAGUUCUGGUCUGUUUCCCUGGAGAGGAGCACAGGAUCCAGGCACGACAUCAUCACUGUCAUCUGUCUCAAAAGCGCCAGAGGCCAGAGAGGCAGCUUCAGUCCCUCUGUUCUUCAUCAGAUGGCUUGUUUCUCACUGGAUGGUUUGGAGCGAAGUUUUGGGGUUGCCAUGACGGUGGCCGUACACUGGUGGGUGGAGUAUUCAGGUCGCAACAACCCUCUCCCACCACACGAAGGAGUGGUGAGCACAUUCUCCUUCACAGACAGGGAGAUCGUAGGCAUCGCCCCCAUAACUGAGAGCAACACAAUCAUCAAUACUGCCAUCUUGAACAGUCAGCCCGUGUCACUUCCUGUCAUAGUGCUGGCAGUGGGCCAUGAUGGGGAGGUCUCUGAUGUCACAGCUGCGGUCACCUGCCGUUCUGCUAACGAGGACAUUGUUAAGGUUUCCAGUGACUGCUCCACCCUCUUUGUCGAUGGGAGCGAAUCGGGGGUGGGCAGCACCUGUGUGGGGGUGGAGUAUCACCUUGGCACACUCAGUGGCACCCACUGCCUGUCCGUCUGGACGCCCGCAGUCCCUCUCCUGGUGUCGCUCUCGGACCCCGUCCUGAACACCAUCGAGGGGUGGACACAGCACAGCGAGGGCCGGUGUUCUCCUGUCUACCAGCGAUCUGCGGUCCAGGUGCUCGCACAGUUUGCUGCCCAGCCGCCUGUCGAGACGGGUCAGCUGACCUACAUGCUGGGAUCACCCGAUUGGUUCAUGGACGUGACUGAGCUGGUCCGUGAUUGGCUGCUGGUGGAGAACCCAAGGGUGGCUGAGCUUGACGAGCGGACCUAUCUGAUUGGCCUACAGCCUGGAGUGACCUCACUACGAGUUGUAUCUAGCCAAUGGGAUGGAGUCCUGGGCACCUGUGAUGUCACUGUGACUGCGGACCAUGUGACGCCUGGUGACCUAUCAGUCCAGCUGGUGGGAGGACUUAGUCUGUCAGUCACUGCAAACCCAACCCACCCCUCCGUAGUCACGGCAACGGCUAUGGCUCACAACAUUCUGUACAGCCAUGGGCAGGAAGCUGCCUUCAGCAUUUGGCUCCAGUUCAGUGAUGAAACGGCCACGCUGGUCUCCGCCUUCGACCCCGCCCCCUAUUCCCUGCGGCUGUCCUCAUUGGCUGACACUGUGGUCACAGUGACGCCCGGGCCAACCCAGCGAGUGGUUGCCCAGGGCGAUGGGGGUGGACCUUUGCUGAGGGCAGAGCUGCUGGUCUCCACCUGUCCAGCUCAGAAGCAAGCAGCCAAUGAGAGAGGAGGAGGAGGAGGAGGAGGGGGAGGGAUUAAGAGGCUAGCCAGGGGCUCUGGUUGGGUGCGGGUGAAGCUGGACUGGGAGCUCCACCCUGACAGCAGUGAGGUGCCCGGGUUCCAGGUGCUGGAAAUCUCUCAGGUGUUUCCGGACUCCGAGAGUGAGCUGUAUGAACCGAGCAAUUCCUCCAGAGGCUACGGCCAGGACAGGGAGGAGGAUGACGAAGAUGAAGGUGUCGAUGGUGGCAGGGAUAGCAGCCUGGGGGCGGGCACCAGGACCCACCUGGAGAGAGCAGUCCUUACGCCCAGCCAUGAUGGGGGCGGGGUGUACCUGCACCCCAGCAAAGACACGGGGGACGGGGGGGAGAGGGAGCUGGAGGUGGGAGUGGGAGUGGGGGCCAUGCUCUCCCUCUUAUGCCUCUCCGCACUCCUCUUCCUGGCAAACUUUCUCCCCUGUGCCCUGCGGAAGAGAGGGAAGAGGAGGAGGAGGGAGAGAGGAGGCCAGGGGCCGGAGGAGGAAGAGCACAGAGAGAAAGCAGGGGAUGGUGAGAAAGGAGGAGAGGAAACAGAGGAGCGCAUGAGGAGUGGACUUGGCUAGCCGUCACACAGACACCUGUCUGAUGCAGGACCUCACUGUAACUGUGGCUCUGUAAACCUGCCCGUGUCUACCUCUACAUUUACCACACACCCUACUGUACACCCCAACACUCAGCUCUGGGAGUUGUAGUCUUCAAUUAAUCCUAAACCCCCUAGACACUCAGCUCUAGGAGUUGUAGUGUUCAAUUAAUCCUACACCCCCCCCCCCCCCCAAAACACAGAGGUCUGGGAGUUGUAGUCCUGAACCCUCUGACCUCAGAGAGAGUGUCAGCUGGAAUUCUGGGCCCCCUGAAAGAAUAUUUCUCUCCUUUUAAUAAAAAAAUU